AUGCAGGAGGAGAUAGAUGCUCUUGAAUGCAGUGCUACGUGGACUGUGGAAGAUCUUCCUCCAGGUAAAAAGGCUAUUGGUAGUGGUUGGGUGUAUAAAAUUAAAUACAUUGACAAGUCGAUAGUUGAACGUCUUAAAGGACGAUUGGUUGUCUAUGCUAAUAGGCAGGUUGAAGGAGUUGAUUAUAAUGAGACUUUUGCGCCUGUAGCAAAAAUGGGCACUUUUCGUUUGUUUCUGUCCGUUGCGGUAUCUAUGAAUUGGGAAUUACACCAGAUGGAUGUUCAUAAUGCCUUUCUACAUGGAGAUUUGGAAGAGGAGGCUCUGAGACAGUGGUUUGCAAAGUUGUCAAGUGCCUUGAAGGUCGAUCAUCAUAUGCAGAUUACUCAUUGUUUAGUUAUGUCCAAGGAGAAAACAAAGAAACAACCUAUUGUUUCUCGUUCAGUUGCUGAAGUAGAGUACCGUUCUAUGGCCGUAGCCACUUGUGAGUUGAAGUGGUUGAAGUCGUUGUUGUCCUCCCUUGGUGUCAUGCAUUCCAAGCCUAUGCAGUUAUUCUGUGAUAGUCAGUCUACCCUACAUAUUGCUAAAAAUCCGGUGUUUCAUGAUCGUACUAAGCAUAUUGAAGUUGACUGCCAUUUUGUUCGAGAUGAAAUUUUGAAGGGUAAUGUGUCUACGUCGUAUGUUCCUAUAGGUAAUCAGUUAGUGGACAUUUUGACUAAAGCGCUUGGAAGACAACAUUUGGGAUUUCUGAUGUGCAAGUUGGGCAUUCGUGAUCUACAUGCUCCAACUUGA